CUGGCCAGUGAACAAGGAGCUGUGACAGGUGACAGGCUCAGCGUCAGGCGCCGCAUCACCCUCCCUCUGCCACAGCAUCUUCCCAUCUCCAGGAAGGCAGGACACAGGACCCAGAAGCCAGGCCAGCGGCCCGAGCCAGGCUGCCGGCGACCAGCCAGCCUUGCCGGCCUCGCUCGGGGGCCCUGCGAGGCUCGGCGGGCCCGGGUCCCCGGGUCACCGGCGAUGGCACUCGCGGUGGCUCCCCUGCGCGAGGAGCGCGCGCGGACCUCCCCGCAGGCCCUGCGCCCGGCCGGCCUCGGGAACUGA